CUCUGCGCGGCGGCGCGGGAUGAGGCCGCCCGCUGCCCCGGGCAGCUCCGGGGACGGGCACAGCGCAGGGGCCGCGGCGGCGGGGCUGUGAGCCAUGCUCAGCCGGGAUGCUCUGCCCUCCGGUGAGGGCGGCCAGGAGAAAGCCAUGACGGUGCGCUCGGUGCUGCUCAACCGCGACUCGCCCGACAUCGAGAGCCGCCUGCAGCGCCGGCGCAACCGCACGCAGCAGGUGCGCUUCAAGGACCUGGUGGAGGGCAGCCCCCCCCCAGCGCCCGCCCCCGGCCCCAACACCCCACGUGCCUCGCCGCCCCCCAGGGCCCCCCCUGAGCCGGCGGCUCUCUGUGCCUCGCGGCGCAGCUGGCCCCAGGCCCAGCCGUGCUCGCUGACGCUGCCCAUGCCCAGGAAGGCCUGCGCCAGCGCUGCCAUCCAAACCUCCCCCAGCCUCCAGAAGCCCUUCCCGGCCCCCCGGCCCCACAGCAGGAGCGUCUGCGAUGUGGCCAUGGACACGGGGCUGCUCGCCGCCCUGGGGAGCGCCCGCUGCCCAGGGGGAGCUGCACCCGCUGCCUCGGUGCGGGCAGUUCCCCCGCAGAUGCCCACACCCGAGCGUGCCCCCUCCCACACCCAACACCCCGCGGCGUGCCGCGUGCCGCCGCCACCGCCCAGGGAUCCCUGUCCCCCAUACCCGGGCACGGCCGGGUGCCCCGCUGCCAGCUGUACCCCCUCAGCCAAGAGCUGCUCCGCCGAGCCCUGCGCCCGACCCGGCGGGACCCCCCGGGGUGGGCGGGGGCGGGGGCCCCCCCAGCGUCCAGCCUCCGUGCCCUGCACCCAGCCUUCCUCUGAGGUGUGGGUGCUCGGCCGCAGCGACUCGGAGCACAGCCUGCCCCGCGGGCACCGCCAGCCGCCCCUCCUCCACCAGCCAGCUCAGGGCAACCUCCCCCACGACCCCUUGCCACCCCAGCACCAGCUCUGCGGCUCGCCCUGGGGGAGGCCCUGCUGCACCCCAGCACCCGUCCCACCAGCGCCAGGCUGGCACAGCUCUGCCACCGCUGCACUGGAGACCACACCAGCUGCACUCAGCCAUCCGGACGCGCAGGACGUCUGCAGCCAGCUGCGGGCUGCCAAGCCCAGCCACGAGCAGGCAGCUCCGGAAAGGCACAAGGGACCCCCACACGGCGUCAGUACAGUGGUUCAGCCCGGUGGGCACACACCGGAGCCCCCCCAGCAUGGGCAGCCCUGCCUCAGCACCCAGCAAUCGGAGACGCUACGCCACGUGCAGGACCUGCUGCAGAUGGUGGUGGCAGCCAAGGGGACACCGGGAGCCGCGGCGGGGGAAGAGCACGGCCACACAUCUCAGGGACAGGGGGCACAGGGGGACCUGCAGUCCCAGCUGCAGUCCCUGGAAGGGGUGCUGGAGACCAGCCAGCAAACCAUCCGCGUGCUGCUGGACGUCAUCCAGGACCUGGAGAAGAAGGAGGCCCAGCGGGACGGGCGACACUCGUACCGGACGGGGCAGGACAUCGCCAACUGCGGAACGUGCCGGGACUGUGCCUGCAUCAUCUACAGCGUGGAGCACGACUUUCGGCAGCAGGAGGGCCGCUUCCAGCGGGUGUUGAGCCACAUGGAGGGCGACGCAGCACACGGCAGCCCCACGCCGGGGCCCGUCCCCCCCGCCCGGCAGGAGCCUUCACCCCCUGCGAAGCUGGACGCCAAGAAAUCCCGGCGCAAGUGCUUCUGGUUCCUGUGAGCCCCGGCACUGACACCGGCUCCUGCCUCCUCUCCCUCCCUCCGACGUUAGGGUUUGGGUAGCACCAGCUUUUGUACUUUUAACCAUUCUGUUUAACGUACUGAAGAACCCGUGUAAAUAAGAGGGGAGGGGAGCAGCGGCUGUAUUUACGGAGAAACCAAUAAAUUCCAGGGAGAAGCUAUUUUUGUUA